UCCAUCCACAGGCCUCAGGAUGUUAUGGCAAAGACUCAAGGACGAUUAUAGCUCACCGGAGGUGACUGAAAACACUCUUAUGAAAAAAGUUGAAGAUUUCACCAAAAUCUCAGCCAAAGAAAACCACAAGCUAAGAGAACUGGGAGACAUUUUCAUGGAACUCGAAGCAGUCCGAGCAGAUGGAUAUUUACCUGGUCUCUCAGCACCUCCCGAGGAGCAAGCCCAAUAGCCCAGAAUCUCCCGCCCAGCCUACAACACAAGCGGAUUACUGUAGGAUCACGUUACAAAGACCAACACAGAGUUCCAUAUCUUCCUUUUGCAGUGUUCGUCAACUUUGUCUAUGAACAGGCAAAAACAUGCAAUGAUCCCAUCUUUGCCAGCAUAACAGGAGCAUGGUGGGCUGCAAAGUCAGAAAAAGGUGCUUUCUAGCCAUCAAGCUAUCAGACAAGAACAUCGGUUGCUGUGAGAAAAACUGAUACUUCAACAAAUGGCGGUGACAGCAACAGCACUGCAGAGGUCAGGAAGCAUGAUGAUCCCGACAAGCAGUGCCCACUACAUAACAAGCCCCACCAACUGAGAAAAUGCCGCAGCUUCAGAAACAAAAUGCUGGAUGAAAGAAAAGUGUUUCUGAGAGAAAAACACAUCUGUUUCAAUUGCUGUGCUUCAUCUACUCAUGUUGCCAAAGACUGUGACAGGCCUGUGCUGUGCCAGGAGUGUAAAAUUGACAAACCAUCAGCAGUACAUCUAGGGCCCACCCCAUGGAAAGUUGAUGCUUAUGUGAGUACUGUGGAUCAUGGCGGGGAGCAACAGUUGCUGCAAGCCAUUCCGUCUAUAACGUCCAAAUGUACGGAAAUCUGUGGGAGUGGGAACACAUCAAAUUCAUGCUCCAAAAUCUGUCUUGCCUUAGUGUGUCCUGCAGGGCAAAGAGACCGAGCCAUGACGACCUACAUCGUUCUUGACGAGGAGAGUAACAGGUUCCUGGGCGGGACAAAAUUCUUUGAACAUUUCGGAAUUAAAGAUGCAGGAUUGAGAUACACAAUAAAGACAUUCUCUGGAGUGAUGGAGACGCGUGAGCAACUUCAUGAUGAUAUUAUUAGACGUAACACCCACAUUCCCUGACCUACUCUGAUUGAGUGUGACAUGCUGCCAGAUGACAGGGUUAGACAAAAUACCCUGACAAAAUCCCAUCCCUGGACCCAGACGGGUCCAUCCUUCUUCUCCUUGGGCGGGACUUGAUACAGGUGCACAAAGUGUGGGAACAAUGUAAUGGGCUGCACAACGCGUCGUUCGCCCAGCGGCUUGACCUUGGAUGGGUGAUAAUUGAAGACGUAUGUUUGGGAGGAGCACACAAAAGCACCACUGCAAGAGUCUUCAGAACCAUUGUGCUGAUAAGUGGACGCCACUCCAUCCUUAGCCCAUGCACCAGCAGCUUAACUGUAAAAGAGAAGAUUGACAGCCCUACACCUCCCCACAUCACUCUGUGAGUGUGUCAUACUGUCAGCAACAAUGAGGCAGACAGCCUAUGCAGAAAUGUUUUCCAAAGAGCACAACAAGACGAUCAGCUUGGCUUGUCCAGUUGUUUCUUGACCUCAUGGAUAAGGAAAUCUACAAGGAUGAAGCAAACUGCUGGGUAGCACCUCUGCCUUUCAGGCCUAACAGGCUGUGUCUGCCAAACAACAGACAACAUGCCACCAAUCGCCUCACCUCCCUUCGUUGCAUGUUGGAGAAAAAACAAGGCAUGAUAGAACACUUCUUCAAAUUCAUGCAAGCAAUGUUUGACGCAGACCAAGCACAGCCUGCCCCAGCACUGAUGCCACAACAAGAAUGCUGGUAUCUGCUAAUAUUCGGUGUUUACCACCCACAGAAAAAAGCCCAAAUACAGGUAGUAUUCGAUUCCGGUGCAAAAUACGAAGGCUUCUCCCUCAAUGAUGUUCUUCUAAAAUGCAUGUUUUUGGCAACUCUCCUUCCCCCGCAGUAGCCAUCUGUGGACUGAGAAUAGUGGCUCUGCACAGAGAAAAAGAACAUGGCAGUGAAGCUAAACAGUUCAUCAUGAGAAACUUCUACGUUGAUGAUGGGCUCACCUCAUUACCCACCAACGAAAAGGCCAUCGCCAUCCUAAAAAACACAAAAGAAAUAUUUGCAGAUUCAAGCAUUAAGCUGCACAAAAUAGCUUCUAACAGCCGUGCUGUGAUGGAUGCUUUACACCCAGAAGAAAGGGCCAAAAACCUGGUGGAUCUCGAGCUGACUUCUGAUCCUUUGCCACUUCAGCACAGUUUGGGACUCACCUGGAACUUACAGUCUAACAUGUUCACCUUCCGCAUAUCCAAAGAGAAGAAACCAUUUACCAGAAGGGGAAUCCUGUCUACAGUCAAUGGUCUUUACAUCCCCUGGGUUAUGUGGCAACGGUAACAAUUCAAGGAAAGGCCUUAGUCGGGGAGCUGUCUGCCAAACAAGCUGAAUGGGAUGCUUCCCUGCCAGCGCUGAAAGAGGAACAGUGGAGAAUGUGGACGGACUCACACUAUGAGCUUGAGCGUCUUCAGAUUGAAAGACCCUGUGCCUGUUUCUCUGUGCUCCACAAAAUCCAGGGAACUCUGUGUCUUCUGUGAUGCUUCCAACAUGGCCAUAUCAGCAGUGGCCUAUUUCAAAAUAAAUUAAUUCAAGUUAGCCGAUAUGCUGACCGCUAUCAUUGUAAUGUAAUUUCCCAUAUAUAUUAGCAUUAAGCUAGCACAUUUUUCGCUCUAUGUUUUAGCUGACAAUGUAACAGUAUUGUUCUUGUAAAACAUUUGUAACUGAAUUUAAAGGCAGGAACACACCGGCCCAACCAUUGGGCGUCUGAAGCAUUUGGAGAGUCUCGGAUGAGGUCGGGAACAAAUAUGUUUGGUGUGUUCAGCUGCGUCGGAAGCUUUCGGAGCCACGCGGAUGUUGUCUGCUCCGACUGAGCAUGUGAAGUCUGAGGAGGAGGGCCAUCGGACGUCUGAGGUUUAAGCCAUGGGUGACUGGUCCAUACUUGGUCGCUUCCUGUCUGAGGUCCAGAACCACUCUACAGUGAUAGGGAAGAUCUGGCUCACUAUGCUGCUUAUUUUCCGUAUCCUGCUGGUGGCCUUGGUCGGUGACGCUGUUUACAGUGACGAGCAGUCCAAGUUCACCUGUAACACUCAGCAGCCAGGAUGCAACAAUGUCUGCUACGACAUCUUUGCUCCUGUUUCACAUCUACGGUUCUGGGUCUUCCAAAUUGUGCUAGUCUCCACUCCAUCCAUCUUCUACAUAGUUUUUGUUCUGCAUAAGAUUGCCAAGGAUGAGAAGCUGGAUGGCCAAAAUGUUCAAAUGGUACAGAGGCCUCCCAGACAUAUAUGUCAGCACAUGGGAAAGGAUUGCAUGGAAGCAAUGAGGGGUGGCAUGCCUACUUACUGCCCUCACCACAGGGAGAAAUGGGAUGCUAAGGAUAGGGAAGGUGCAGAAGAAAGUUUUUUGGAAGAGGAUUACGGUGAGGUAGGAGAAGACCCCACCCAGCAGUCCAACCAGGUUCUGCUCAUCUACAUUCUUCACGUGUUGCUACGAUCAGUCAUGGAAAUAACUUUCCUGGUAGGCCAGUACUUCUUGUUUGGGUUUGAAGUGCCUCACCUGUAUCGCUGUGAGACCUACCCUUGCCCUACUCGUACAGACUGCUUUGUGUCUCGUGCCACUGAAAAAACAAUCUUCCUGAACUUUAUGUUCAGCAUCAGCUUGGGUUGCUUUGUGCUCAACAUUGCAGAGCUCCACUAUUUGGGCUGGAUCUACAUUUUCCGCAUCCUCUGCUCAGCAUGCUCCAAUUGCUGCAGUCAGGAGAGGGACACCAUCAGACUCUACUCAAACCACAACCCACUUCUUCUACAGCUAAGGCAUUCUCUGAGGGGCCAACUGGUUUUGCAGACCCCAGUUGACAUGUCCACAGAGAAGACUGGAGGCCUGCUCUCACAUGCACCAGCUAUCUCCUUCGAGACAGACUCAACUGUAGAAUGCACCUCCAAGAGAAGUCCAGAAAGCAGAGACAGAGUCAAGGUCAAGCUGGCCAACAUGGCAAGGCUGGGACGAACUAAGAAGUCCUGGCUAUGAGUAUGAUAUUUUUUUGUAAUGCUAUUAUAUUCUUGAUAACAUGACACCUACUAUACACACAUUUGUAAACACAGAUACUUCACAAAGUUUCAAACAUUGUGUUCAAAAUUGCUACCUGUAAUUUGUAAUGUGUUGCAAGAAUCUGAAGCAGGGUGGGGAGAGUUGUUAUAUCAGGAGACGACAAGAUGAAACUAUUUAUUUAGAUUUGUCCUAUGUGCAUAGUAAUUGUAUAUUAUUGUGUUGAGUGCCAAUUAAAGUGUGAGUCAAUUUAGACAAAAAAACAAG